AUGAGGGAUGCAGCACGUGUUGCUACAGCCCGCCGCAGCGUCAUAGGAGCGGUCGUGCCAGACCCAACUGUUCCGACAGGACUGGGUGCGGCGCCAAAAGAGGCGCAUGGAGCGCAAGUGGAGGCGCUCCAAGAGUCUGCCACAGAAGCACUGGCGCGCAUCGAGAGGUUUGCGAAUCCAUCACCACCAGACAGGAGGAGAUGA